ACUCGCGCAUCACUCAUACACAUGGCCCUCCAGCGGAUAUUGGAUAGUGUGCAACGUAAAGGCAAGCUUACGGUUCCUCCGCCCGCCUCCACACUGCCACCUCCAGUGGCCACGGGUCGGUCCACCCCCGUUGUCCCCAGGUCAACUGAGCGUAAAGUUGAUGCUGUCGUUGCGCAACUUAAAGAAGCAAGGCGUCUAGAAAGACUACAAAAAGAACAGCAGCUCAAACAGAAAAAAGGCUUGAAACAACGGCCUUCUCGCCCAUCUCAGUCCAGCAUUCCCCAGCAUGUCUCCACAAAGGUUUCCAGGCCCACACAGACCCCCAAGGUGUCUUCCACCCCAGUUGCUCUGGUUGCUGCUCGGCCCAAACCCGCCAAAAUGAAGUUUAGCGACUUGAUGAAGAGGGCCUCAAACAUCGACCAGACCAAACUAUCGAUUUCCAUCAAGGCUAAGUCGAAAUCGCCUGAAACUGAACUUAGGGCCCGAAAGUCCAAGUCUCGAUCUCCUUUGCGGGACCCAAAGAGAGAUGAUCCAAAGAGUAGAUGGGCCAAACAUAAGACGCCAGCGCCGCCACCACCACCACCACGGGAGGUGGCCCGCGAGAGAGUACCGCUUCCAGCUCGAGGCCCUUCGCAGAAACUUGCACAGAAAUUAAAGGGAAGGCAGAAGCCCAGUAGCAGCCACCACCACGAAGAUGAAGAAGACCUCGACGGCUUCAUCAUCCUGGACGAAGAGGAACAGGUCAACGAUGAUUAUGACAGAGACGAGAUCUGGGCCUUGUUCAACAGAGGAAAGAAACGGUCCUAUUACGACCAGAACGACGAGUAUGACUCGGACGACAUGGAGGCCACGGGAGCCGAGAUCUUGGAUGAGGAGUUGCGGUCACGUAGAAGGGCCGAGUUGGAAGACAAGAUGGAGAUGGAGGAGGAGAUGAGAAGGGCCGAGCUCAAGCGGCGGCGGAAGAUGAAGAAGUGACCAGGAGCUUUAAGGUAAAUUGCAUUAUUCAUAUAGUGAAUAGAUUCU